UUUAGUAUUAGUACAAGCAGUGAUUGUUGCACCUCCAGCUAUACAAGUAGCACACGGAGCGCAUAUCAAAUUCAUACAGCAAUCAGUUCGAUAUUUCUUUAUCGCCAUUGAAGACUUUGUUUAAGGAGCAGUUAAAACGAUUGUUUGUAUUCAGAUUUCUUGUUCUAAAUUAUCAUGAAUUAUGUCGGAGAGCUGACGUAUACUGAAGAAGAAGUAUACGCACACAUUGACAAAUGUGUUCGUAGUUCUCAGGCCUCACGGUCCAUUUUCCGUGCAACCUGCGAUGGUAAAAAGCUCAUAUUACCUAUCCAUCAGAGCUACGAUGACAACAGUUCCUCGAACGAUAAAGUACACAAGGAAGAUUUUUACAAAACGGUAGACUGCGCAGGAUUUGCUCUGAAAGAAAUUAGGGUGUUCGUGGAAGACGGAUUAAUUGUAGUUAAGGCCAUUCACGACGAAGUGCAAGAUGAGCACGGUAAUGUCUAUAAAAAUUUGUCGAAGACGUUUCCCGUCUCUGAAACCUACGACUUUAAUGGUGCUAAGAUAACCUUAAGCUUGGAUGGUGCAUUAACUGUGUAUAUUCCUUGUAAGAAUGAGCCAUUCGUUGAUACAAACUAUACUACCAACAACCCAUCCAACAAUGAACCGACUGAAGAAAACUAACUUCAGUAAGGAGAAUAAUGUUUUAAAAGUGUUUUGCAAUUUUAUACUCUUAAAGUUUGG